CUAGGGUGACAAUAUGUUAAAAAAAAUAAAGAAUAUAUAUAUAUAUAUAUAUAUAUAUAUAUAUAAAAUUUUGGCCAAUAGUUAUGAAGAAAGAUUAAUUUAUUUGCAAAAUUUUAUAAGAAAAACACUUUUUUUCAACAUUUUUGGACUUUUUCAUUUAUAUAGCAAAAAAAUAAAAAUCCCAGUAGUGAAUAAAUACCACCAACAUAAAGUUUUAUCUGUCUCAAAAAAUGCUAAAAAAAUUCAUAUGGGUACAGUGUUGGAUGACCGCGCAAUUGUCAUUCAAAGUGUGACAGUGCUGAAAGCUGAAAAUUGGCCUGGGCAGGAAGAGGUUAAAAGUGUCUGGACUUCAAGU